AUGGCUGCGCGCGAGCAUGCAAACGCGCUGGCGGCGGCGCAGCAUGCGGCGGAGAAGGCCGCCGCCGCGGUCUCGAUGUUGCGCACGGAGCUCGAGUCGGAGGAGGCGCGGCGCGUCGUGCCGGACAUCCGCCAGCACCCGGCGGCCAAGCUAGCGGUCGAGGUGCUGGCUCACCCCUUCAAGCCGGUCGACGCCAUUGCGGUCACCCUCUCCGAGGGCGGCACGCUCUUUGUGGCCGAGAUCAUCGGCACCGGGGCCUUUGGCUGCGUGCAGCAGGGCGUCUUCUACCCCGACGGCUCGCCGAGGGCGCAGUUCAUGUCCUUGCUGUCGCUCGUGCUGGCCAACGAGCACGCGCGGCACGCGCGCGACUUCAACUCGGCCGAGGCGCGCGACGAGGAGGCGAUCUUCGCCGCGCUCGGCGCGCUCGCCACGCAGGGGGCGGCCGGGGGCGGCUUCGAGUUCGGCACGCCCGUCGCCAUCAAGCAGCUCAACUCUCAGGCAGCGCCUGCGGAGUUUCGCGACGAGAAGGCCAUCAUCCUUGACCUCAUCCUGGCGCGCGAGCGCGAGUUCGCCGGCGACACGACCGGAGCCGACCUGAUCAUCCGCGCCAUCGCUUUCGACUCGCCGACCAACUCGAUCAUCUACCCGCUCGCCGCGCUCGCCGACCCCGACGGCUACUCCGUGCCGAUGAACAACGCCGUGGUGCGUUUCGUCGGCCACCAGAUCGCCGUCGCCGUCGCGUACCUGCACCGCAUCGGCGUCGUCCACCGCGACCUCAAGCCGCCCAACAUCCUGCUCACGGUCGGCCGCGAGGAGGUCGACGCGCUCGCCGAGCGGGCAUGGCGCGGCGAGCCCGUCCCGCGCGACGUUGUGCUCGUCGCCGACCUCGGCCUGUGCGCUGCCGAGGUCGACAUGUCGGCCAUUUCGCCCGGCGACGACAUCAUGCCCGACUGCGACGGCACGGUGGUUGAUUCGGACCAGUCCUACUACACCGAGCCCAAGCGCGACCUCUGGGCCUUGGGCAUGAUCAUCUGCGACAUGUUCGGCAAAUCGAGCAACACGAUCGUGGCGGGCAUGGACGACCAGGAGGCCGCCAAUGUCAUCGUUGCGUGGCUUCCGGCCGGCCCCGAGCCCGGCGAGCUGGACAGCUUCGAGGCCGGCGAGAUGAACAGCUUCGAGCGGGACCUGCGCGCGCCCAAGGCCGAGGACUUUCCGGACGCUGGCGACCUCGCGCACGUCGCGGCCACCCUCGGCGUGGCCUUCAAGCUCACCAAGUCGCGGCCUUGCAGCCGGCUCAGCGCUUCUGGCGCGGCGGACAAGCUGCUGUGA